AUGUCUGGCCGUGGCAAAGGAGGAAAAGGAUUGGGAAAGGGAGGCGCUAAGCGUCACAGGAAAGUGUUGAGGGAUAACAUCCAGGGAAUCACCAAGCCCGCUAUCCGCCGUCUCGCACGUCGUGGUGGUGUAAAGAGAAUCUCCGGAUUGAUCUACGAAGAGACCAGAGGUGUACUCAAGGUUUUCUUGGAGAACGUCAUCCGUGAUGCCGUCACAUACACUGAGCACGCCAAGAGAAAGACCGUCACCGCCAUGGACGUCGUCUACGCUCUGAAGAGACAAGGCCGUACUCUGUACGGAUUCGGAGGU